UAUUAACACCUGGAAGUCUGUUCGGUUCCUUAACAGGUUAAUGUAUCCUUCCAUCGGGUCAGCUCUAUCAGCUGUCGCUUGAUAUGAUACUUUCUUUUCAGUAUAACCCCUCAUGGAUGAGUUUCCUCCUCCAAACUCUGUGCUCGCGUGUCGAAUCGCACGCUAGUCACGUGGUAUAGCCCUCUAGAGCGAGAGUCAACGAGCUUAUAUAAAUUGAGAAUUGUCUAGCUCCAGGUGAUGCCGGCUCAAGAAGCGGUCUAGUAAAGCAGCACUUAUUCUCAUAUAGAGCCGCGGCAACUCAAAAUGGUUCGCGAGGAUAAAAUAUCUUCUCGUUUCAAUUCGGACGAAUUCAAUAGGCCAGGCCAGACCUCGCCAGAUGUCUCAAACAUUUCUGGUGAACAAACAGGAGCUUUAACAACAUAUGUAACAGAACAGGGUAUGUUGUACUUCGACCCCUCAAGACAGCAGCUUUCGUCUUUAGAGCAAUUUACGUUGGAUGCAGGUACACAAAUAAGCCACAACGUUUCCACUGACCCUGUGAGCCUUUAUAACCCCCCAGGGGGUUCCGGCCUCCCCGGCUCCGAGUCGGUAUCAACUUUCUUGGACUCUUUCGACAACAUGGGUCCUUAUUCAUCCGGUAACCAAUGCCUUCAAGACGACUUCGAUGAUAAAUCGAACGAUAAGGAGCUACCCUCCACGUUUAUGGGCGACCUGGUACAAUAUGAAUCCAUAGGUCCACUAGAGCUAGAUGAUAUCGAGAAUUCCAGAUUUGAGUGUGAUUCAUUCCCGUCAUGGAAGGAUAUUGCCACAAGUCCCCCGCUUACACCUAUAAACGACUCGAAGCCCUUGGUAAGGCGACUGUACCAUUCUAUGACGCCUCCAUCCAUAGGCACUGCUGAGCUACAUGCACUAUUCGACGAGGGCACUGAUGAGUUACCUGGACUAUUUGACGAAGAUAUUGUUCUGCUAUUCCCAGAAGACUUCGGCCAAGAGGAUUACGAAGCUUUGUUUUCCCAGACGUUUACCGCACAAUUAGACCAAAAUGCGAUACCCCCAUCCAGAUCCACUCCACUUGAUGGAUCGCCGCCACCUCGCUCACCUGAUGAUCGAGAUCAAUUGCCUUCUGUUCAAAUGGCCCUGCAUGGAGCCCUUAGACUGGAAGUGUCUACGAUUGCUUCUGAUGGCCCAUCCAGAACUGCUAAUCCACCGCCACCCAUAAAUUCGAGUUCAGGAAAGGACGGCGUACACUCUCCUGCUGCAAUCGGUGAUUUUGAAUAUCGGUCGAGCGUCGGAGUAUGUCAACAGUUGGAGGCUGAUGCUACCCCAUUCCACGGACGUGAAACCGGGGCUAAAUUGGACGAGGUUGCACCGCCCAGUACCACAGACCCUUCUAUGGAACAUGGCUACAUUACAAGCUUAAAUUCCUAUGACAGAAGCGGGUUCAAGAAAGAGGCCUACGUGUUAGCAUUUGCAGAAGAGCUUUUCUCGUCUAUGCACUCCUAUAACCUAGAUGCAGGGGUCCUCGAGCAUAUGUACCAAGCUCUUCCGGGCUUUCUGGAGGUGUUUGCUCUGAGUUUUGCCCACAACCGCCAAACGCAUGUUCAUCGAGAGAUAAUGGCUUUCGUUUACCAACAUAGAUGUGAUAUCGCCGUAGCAUUACGGGAGAAACUCUCUGAAGGCCUGCUCGCCCAGCGUCCGUCCCGCCAUGAUGAUGGAAUGCCCCUACCCGAGCUCAUUGAUUGGUGGAAAUCUACAAAAGAUGAAGGAAAUGAUGAUGUGUUGGAUGUAAUUCUAACGGAUAGUUCAUCUGAAGCAGUGAUCAAAGAGAGUGACGAUGUCACCGCUCUAACCACUUCCGCCCAGGAACCGCAAUGUGCAUCCGAUAUUGAUUCCAACGCGGAAAGUGAAAAUCGAGACCAAUGUGCAGAUGAAGCAGCAAACAUAUUUCCCGAGAUUCUACCUUAUAUAUCGUUGAUUUGUGAAUCGGGCGCAUAUUCUGACCUAGUGGCAAAUAUUCAAAAAGCAUGUUUCCUCUCUUCGCCGCAGCCCAACACCAUAAAGGGAGUCCGCGAUGUGGUUCUCGAAGUCUUACAUGUCACAAGUUUCAUAAGUAGAAGGACGAUACCCGAGAGCUAUUCCAUGGUAUAUACCAUGAGUUGGGAUUUACCUGCCUUUGUAAGCGAACAGGAAUACCAUUCCGCCGCUCAUAUUGCAAUGGAAGGCUCUAUUACACUAACUGGCUCUGAAAAUGAGCUACAAGCGCUGGCAUGUGGUGAAUACAUAGUCCAAACUUGGCCGUCGAUGGGACCAUCUGUCUUAGUAUUAGUUAAAGAGGCAGCUAGGUGGCCGAGACAGAAGCAUGAAGUUGUCCUACCAGAUGGCUCCAUAAUAAGGGCUUUCCCAUGUAACACUUACGACACAUAUGAAGUUAUGGUCAGUGGCCCGUCAUACACCAUCGCUGAAGUUGGUGAAAUGCUAGCUUGGCUGGGAUCUACCUUUCGCACAUCCCCUUGCUCUGAAGGGGUUAUCUAUCGACAGCCAUUUGCUUUGAAAUCUGAGAGUCCUUCCUCGUACCCCGGUGCAUUUGGAUGCCGUCUAGACUACGUGGAGCGCAAAGGCGAUGCGUCGGCUAGCAAGAACGGGAAUUGCUGGCACGACCUUUUCAGGAAUCCGGUGGUGGUGGAGGGUUAUCCUAUUAAACGCAGGCGGGCUACCGCACUAGGAGUUGAAAUUCCCCUACGGAUGAUCGCCGAACUGAUGCAAACUAAACGUAUGAACCCCUUUGCUGGGAAUAUUGUCCUCAAAGGAUAUUCAACGAUUUUGGUCCCAACUGCUUACGAAGACGGCAUAAUCUCUUGGCAUUUACUAUGCAACAGGACGGGGGAUCGUAUCUCAUACCUCAGUGGAAUGGCCAUCCCUCAGGUAGGGAUAAGUAUCACGCAGUUGGAGAGGUCUCGUCAUGUUAUAGGAUGGUGCAGAGAUAUGAAGUUCCAUGCAGGUGGACCAGAUGCGUGCUAUGACGUGAAAGGGUCCAGGCUUCCGAGGACACAGGAAAGAAACCUACUUGCUAAUGUUUCCAUCUCAAUGGGGCAGCUACUUAUAGGGGACUCGAGUUUCAUCCUUGGGAGAAAGGAUACCCCAGUACACAUCUCCCGUAAUGGCUACAUACGGAAACUAAAAUGGAUUUCGAAGAAAUACGUGCUCCUGUGGGACGAAGCAGAUAAACGCGGCUGGGUAGUUAACGGCACGAGUGCUUUAUUGCAUCUUGUUUAUGCAACCCUAGAACAAGACAAAAGGGAUGGCUUUCAGGGCGUCUCUUUGUUUGAGAUGAACAAAGUUCAAUGGGCGAAGCAGCCAUAUCAAGCUAAGUCGGCCCUCCAGGUACUCCUCAAUCAGAGCAAUCUACAAUUGAGGGUCUAUCCCGAAAAGGACGGUUACACGAGGUUGCAAGAUCAUGUAGAAAGCCUUUUCGACACAUUAGAAAAGAUUAUUGACCAUCAACAUGGUAUUAUGGGAGAACCUCCAGGCCUGGACAUAUCGAGGGCAAGUCUAGAGGGAUGGGACUUUAAUGACCUGAUUUCUGAACGAGAUCCAAUAUAUCCACGAGUGUCGGUAAUGGACACCAACGGGAAGUCGUGGAUAGACUUUACGCGAUCAAUCCAUGCCAUUACUCUCUUCGGACGCGGCUUUCAGGACAUCAUUCAACCUAUGAAUGUCUGUCCCUGUUGGGCAACAGUCCCUAAAGACAUGUCAUAUAUAGCUGUUUGCCAGGACGAUUUGGAGGAUAUUAUGGAAGCUGCGGGGGAUCCAUCUUCAAAGCCAGUGAGACUUACCGACAGACUCAUAUGGCAUACCCCCGAAGUUCCCUCUGGGACAUGCCAUUGCCCAGGUUCGGAUGGAACUACCCACCUAGACCUCGCACAAGUCAUCCUACCAUCUAGCAUGUGCCAGGAGCUAUCCUCACAAUGUACCAGGCCGUACAGAGAGGGAAAGGGCGCUUUCAUCUUUGGUUUCAAUUCAACUUACAGGUGGUUUUGGGGAGACACUGGUGACCCCUCACGGGAGGCAGCAGACGUGGAUUUCCCUCAAAUAGAAAGGCUAUUCAAAUUUCCCUCCCAAGAUAGUGGAAUAGGUUCAAGCCUAUCAUCAACUACAUUCCGAGAGAGUGAAAGCACAGUCGACUCAAGCAUUCAUCAAUCUCCUAAUGUCGAACCGUUUGUUAGCUCAACACCCUUUGUCAACUCGAUGGACAACAACCAGACGUCUCGAAAGAGGCCAUGCCAAAGGUCAAUAUUACCUCACAUUUCCUCUAAGAGGUACACCGUGGGCAUUGUAUGUGCACUACAUACAGAGCUAUUGGCGGUCCGUGCUUUGUUUGACUCCACUCACCAGCCGAUAUCUAUCCCUGAUGACGAUCCUAAUUACUACGCACUCGGCUGUAUCAGUAAUCAUAAUGUGGUUGCCACUUGCCUGCCGGAUGGUGAGUACGGCACCAACCCCGCUGCAAAUGUUGCAUCCAAUAUGAGGCGAAGCUUCCCUAAUACGAAGUUCUGCCUGCUGGUUGGGAUUGGUGGUGGCGUUCCCUCGUCAAAACAUGAUAUCCGGCUUGGCGAUAUUGUGGUAAGCACACCGUCUGGAGCAAACACAGGCAUUAUACCAUAUGACCUAAAGAAGGCGUUAAAAUGUGGGACAUCCGUGUUGAAUGGCUACCUUCACCCGCCACCACAGCACCUACGAUGUGCGCUCAGUGAAAUCAAAUCAGACCCUUCGCUAUCUAGAGCACCCCCACUGCAGGGAUAUCUACAACAGAUUCAAGAGUGUACCAAAGACUAUCAUCACCCGGGCCACGAAAAUGAUAGGCUUUACGCGCCAGGCUACAUUCACGCACACGCCACAAAAGCCUGUGAUUCUUGUGAUUCUCAGCAACAACUACCGCGGACGCCGCGGGUAUCCCUUGAUCCUGUGAUCCACUACGGCACAAUAGCUUCCGGUAACCAGGUGAUCAAGGACGCAGCGCAAAGGGACAAGCUGGCCAAACAGUAUGACAUCCUUUGCUUCGAAAUGGAAGCAGCCGGCAUAGUCAACACGUUUCCUUCAUUGGUAAUCCGUGGGAUAUGUGAUUAUGCUGACUCCCAUAAGAACAAAAUGUGGCAGAAAUAUGCCGCUGCUACUGCUGCAUCAUUCGCUAAGUUUCUUUUGUCUCGUGUGAGAACCCCUCAGGAUUCCGAUAUAAAUUCUUGAUGGAAGUCUUUCUGCAAUGGAAGAUAAUGCGAACUAUUUUGGUUCUUCAGCACUAUCGAUUAAAUCGAUAUCGAACUCCAAAUAUUCACUGCAUCAUUCCGCUAUCGAUCCAAAUUCAGUGGAUCACCUCCAUGUUCGGAAUCGCAGCGCGAAUGCGUUCUUCUCCACAUUAAGUUACCCAAUGCUAGCUCAUAUACCGAGGGUGCCUCGCUGAGCUUAGCAGCAGUCGCCUUUCUGUGGUUAUUCCGCUCCAUCACGCACGUUUCGCUGCCUAUCAGUUAUAUACCUGCCUUGGUUCGAACGUUGGUACAAUCAUCACGGCAGCUGUUGCGACCAUAUCUUGCAUGGUGCCCUCUGUGUUUCUGGGAUUCGGUGGACGACCCAGAACCAACCGAUUUGCGAACCUGAGUGAUCAGGCUCAUGGCCAGCAAAUGCCUGGCUGAAUCUAAAAUGAAGCAGAGCCUAUGCUUCCAGGCUAGGGAUCAAGUUCCAACUCGGUAUAACUUGGGGGUAGUUUCCAAUAUCUGCGUGUAUAUCUAAGCGAAAUACGUACUCUAAUAGGUAUCUUUGAAAUGUUAUACAGGAUAUACUGAAAACAUGAGCAUCUUAAAA